AUGGUGGGCACCCUGCCGGCGGGCCAGCCCACAUCUCGUGGCACUGCUGAACCUUCGGUGGCUCGACGGCGGGUAGGCCCAGACUUUGGCACGUCGUCCUUAAAACUCGAGGAUCGCUCUGGCCAGGGCCGGGCUCCCCAGAGUCGCGUGGUUCGCCCCGCGCCGAUCGAAGCAGGGCCCGGCCCGUUGGCGAAGUCCCGCUGCGGUUGA